GUACGAGUCGCACAAUGAGUAGAGUCGAGUGAAGAUCGUCACCGUUGUAGAAUGUUGCUAUGCAAUUUCGGAAUAGUAAAGCGAAAUAAAACAUUUUUUGCCUUUUUAUGCUUUUUUGAACAUUGUCAAGUUGUACAAAAUCAAUUGUGCAUUCUUCGCAUGCCGUGGUGUUCCGAAUAUGUUUAGAAUGUCGGUAUCGAGAAAGUAGUGUGGAUAAAAUCAUGAGCAUAUUGAGCCGAAUUAUUAUUGGCUCCUGCUGUGUCAUUGAAGAAAAAUCUAUUGGAGACUGAUAGAAAGUCUAUCGUCAGCAAAGGCGAUAUUCCAUAGGUGUAAAAGUGGACCAAUUGUAUCUGAUUGUUUUAGCAGUUCAUCGGAGUGUUGAGGUUUUAAUCUAAAUCUGUUACGUUUAGUUUUAGAACAAAGAGUGCAAUGAUGUAGAGAGGAAUAUCGAAGGAGUUUCCGAAAAACGGGACUGCUUCUACUUGAACUUGUUACCACUCAGAAUGGGUAAACCUAUUGAAAUAUCGGGCUGACGAAGUGCUUUUGUUAUGAGCUCGGCGAACAUUGAUCGUUUUUUCAUAUGGUGGUGAAGCUCUGUGUGAAUCCGAGAGCAAAAAUUGUUGUAGUCUAGUUGUAGUACGAUACUGAAGUGAAGGAUAAAAGAAUAUUGAUGUGAAGUGUUUUUUGGAAACAAAAAUCCAGAAAUAUUAGUUGACCUGUUGGAUAAUACUCUUCCUGGGGAUAACAGAUUGCGCUUGUCUGAAAGCUCAAUGAUUACUCAUUGCUAUCAUCGCCCUAGCUGUCAUUUUCAACUAUACCUACUACCAAAGCAGCUAACGUUGAAAAAAAGUACUAAUGGAAGUAGUAAUAUAGUGGCGUCAUCAUUUGUGCAGUAUUGCUGGUGUCUUCUUGGAUCAGAAUGUUUCACUAAAAGUGCGGGGGCAAACAAGUUUUGUUGCUGAGUUCUUUCUUCAUUCAAGGUGUGGAACAUUAGCUAAAAACCCAUGGUGUUAUGUGAAUGUUGGAAGCAUCAGAGUGCACAUCAUAAAAGUGGAAUAUACAAAGCAAUAAAGAAAAAAGUCUCAAAAAUUUGGAAGAGAAAGUGAUUGUUUUUUGUGUGCUGUGCUAAGGAAAGGAAAGGGUGGCUGAAAGUGUCACGCAAUAUUGUCAUUCAUUCCACACGUGAGUGUAGCUAUCAGGAGUGUGUGAGAACGGUAUAAUUAUUAGAUACCGAGUGAAAUGGAUUCGCAACAACCACAACAAAGAUCAAUGUAUGAAAUGGAGACACAGGAAUCCCGAUUUGCCAAACAACGAGCUUCGGUGAAAUGGCUUCUAUCCAAAGCAUACAACAAUCGAGUACCGGAGUUCCUCAAGGAUCCCUUCUAUCGGGACCACGAAGGUCAGGACCACCUCAAGCCACAGAUCGUUGUCGGACUGGGGAAUGCCUCUAUUUACUGCCAAGUGCUGAGCAACAUCUAUUCGGACCCGAACUAUCAGAGUCUAAACCAUUGGUCCAUUCUACAAACUCUAUCCCGGAAGGGCGUGCCAAUGAACGAAUCCCCGGACCAGCCUCUCACAGAGACCGUUCUGAUACAAACGAAUCCUCUUAGAAUUAAUGCCCACAUGACUGUGAUAGAAGCAUUGAUGGUGUUGUACGCCAAAGAAGUGGCUUCCAGUGGAAGAAUUUCCAGUGCUUUAGAAAGAAUAUCUGGUCGCAGCGGAUCGCAGCCUGUACAGCACCAUGAAGCGGCCUUACUUAGCUGGGUUUCGCAUACAUGCAGUGCGCUGAAGCGGCGCAUUGACUACGAAGUGUCCAACGGGAAUGGAGCUGGUGCCGGCCCUGCUGUUGAUGAAUACGGUCAACGGCUGCAAAGUCCAAACAUUCCCCCGGUACGCGAUAUCCGUGAACUAUGCGAUGGAGUCAGUUUAGCGUAUCUAAUAUCGUAUUACUGUCCAAAACUAGUGCCCUGGUCAAGUAUUAAGUUCAAUCACGUGCCGACUAUAGAGGAUUCUAUCCACAACAUCCUUAUUGUUAGUAAUUUCUCCGACCGAAGUUUGCCAUAUUCAGUGUUCCAUAUGACCCCAGAAGACAUCACCUAUAUGCGAGGAUCUAUGAAACAGAACUUGGUUGUUCUGUUGGCCGAUCUUUUCAACUUGUUCGAGAUCCAUCCUGCUAAAUGUGUUUGUUAUCCCGGUAUGGAGCAGCAACAAGUUGUAGAUUCCGGAACAAACGAACAUGGCAUCGUGCACCGACGGGGAUUUGCGACUCACCCGACGAUCGUAUCCAUUCCCGAGUUGCGGUCCGGGCUCGAUUCGCCCCCGGGCAGCAGUGGCAGUGGUGCCAGCGGUAACAAUGGCGGCCCUUCCAAUCGACCACCAUUCCAAGUCACUCGUUCGCCAUCUGCAAACACACUUCGGAAGCAUGUAUCGGCCCGGGAUAUACAAGAACAACAAGCGCAAUAUUCUCAACAGCAACCGUAUCAGGAUCAGGACGAAGGUUUCGUCGUGCAUAGAAGUAAAGGAGUGCCAACAUUGUCGUCAAUGCAUGAACCGCUAGUACCGGCACGAAUACGACAAGCCAAGGAAAAAACUAACAACGAUUCGAAAGCGGAAGAGCGUGGCGAUAGUAUUCCGGCAGGUCGGCCAAGUAAUUGGGAUGAAACCCGGAAGCCGAGUUUCUCAGGCCGGCGUUCACGUCGCAACUCAUUAAGCGAAGAAUCUCAGUUAACGAUCGAAAAUUUUGGAGGUUCUCAGGAUCAAUUAAACACGAUUGGUCGGUUCGAACGAGAACGAAAGGUUUCUAACACUAGUCUUACAUCGGUAGAACCAGCCACCCCGGUAAGAUCGUCUCUUGCUGAUGCGCGUGGAUCGAUCCAGUUCGGCUACGAUACAGACUCCUCGGGUAAUGAAAAGCAGGAUCGUGACACCGAGAAACCCAUACCAAGCCUCCGUCGGCACAACAGUACCAACUUACAUUCCAGUGGUGUUGAAAAAGACAUAAUCGACGGUGAUAUGAGCUCAAAUUUUAGCGGUGGCAGUGGAGUUGUUUCGGUGGCCGACGCCGAUGUUCCUCCGAGAAGAAAAACUUCAUUCCCGGCACUUCCAAGUAAUACGACCACGUGGCAGCAACAAGCCAUAUGCGUGCAGAAAAAAGAUGAAUCAGCUGAGACACAACCAGGCUAUGAGGAUGCUAGCAAAAUUUCCACCAUUAAGCUAAAGUUGGAAGAAAAACGAAGGCUUAUCGAGCAAGAAAAACGUCGAAUUGAAUCCGCCUGGUCGAAGCAGUUACAAACGGUUGGAAAACAAGCAUUUUUACAAGCUAUUAACAAGAGUAACAAAGGUGGAAGCAUGUCGGAAUCGGACACUUCCAAAGAGUCCUGUGAAACGGUGGUACUAGAAGACACUGGGGGUGCCACGGUUGAUAAAGUUGAACGACCGUGUUCACUUAAGGAUUUGGAUGAUCAAAGCAAAUUCGAAGCGAAAUGGAAUGCACAGAACAUCGAGCCCAAAAAAACACCGGAUUUGGAGAACAUGGACUUGGAACAGUAUCAACAAAGUAUUUCAAAAAUGAACUCCAAUCUGCACGAAAUCCAGGCUGAUAUUCAGCGUCUAACCCAACAACAGAGCCAGAUCCAAGCCCAAACUAUCCAGGCACACCAAUUACUGCAUGCCCAACAAAUCGCCAGUUUACUCAACCAGCAAUACGGUUCCCAACAAAACAUACAGCAAACGAUACACGGCACCUAUCGACCUAUAAAUACUCAGAUGUUCGGCUCUAGUCCUCAUUUGCCGCAACAAACCGGACCCAUGCUGCAACAGCAGCAACAAUCUCCUGUCAACUAUGGAACGCGACCUCCUAGCCGUGAUCCGUACAUGUCACAACAACAAUUGCACACACUUCAGUAUGUUAACGAUCAAGGUCAAUAUACGCAUCCGGCACAGCAGCACUAUCCAAAUAACAGUCAUAUGGGAUACGAAAAUGGGCAGUACCGGAAGGAAAGCCAAUACUCCUCAAAUCCGUAUUUAAGUACGGAUCAACAGCAACAACAUUUCUAUCAGGACUCGAAUCACUAUCGGUAUCCAUAUCCUAUGCAGGAAAUAAAAGAGCCUUCUAUCCAACAGCACAACCAGUUCUUUUUGCAUGACAGCAACACAACACCGCCACAGCCCGCUCAACGACGAACGUGGGCACAGUCAGCUGCAGCAGCUGCCAGCCAGCGAGGAGGAGGAGCCAGUGACAUAACUCUGGACAUUAACGCUUGGAAUCAGGGUUUAAAGAGUUCACCUUACAACAAAUCUCCUAGUCAAAGUGGUUUUUCGCUACAUCAUAAUGGUGACUCCGGUGCGGCUGAUAGCUACGGUAACACUAGUCGACAUGGUGGCAGUCAACAGUCAUUCCAGAAUCUGUUCGAAGUACACCACGGUUCUUCGGGCAGCCCUCAGCAUAACAGAGUGCGCAACCAAAUCUCGCAGAUGAUCAGCCAUGGCAGCAGUAGUAAUUCUUCACCGAGUACGGAAAGUCGCAGCCAUCACGAUAGUUUUCGGGACAACCGAAGCAUGCCACUGUCUCCGCCAAUCGACGAUAUGGCACCGCAAAGUAUAUCCUUCAUUGGUGAUGAGGACACCGGUGACAUCGAGAUUAACACAUCGAAGAACAGUAGCUUUACCAGACGACAGCAGCAACAGCAACAAUUGGAACAGUUAUACGGAAGUAGUAAGACGGGCAACAAAAUGCAACACAACAAUAAUCAAAAGCUGGACGAGCAUUUGAGCAAGCUGAACAUCACCAGUGGCAAUCGUACCUAUCGGAUUCCUUCGCCGACACGGCCAACGUUAAAUUCAAACAGUUUCCAUGACCCGCAACAGGAUGAUUUGAACGAGAAAGGCUUUUAUAUCUCGUUCGAUACCGAACAACCAAAGCGACCCAAACCUCCUUUGCGGGCCAAACGUUCACCGAAGAAAGAUAAGCUUGACAUUGAUAAUGAUAGAAGCAAAGAUUCCGAAAGAUCUAACCACAGAGAAAACAAUCAACAUAAUUUCGGUACCUUCAGCGUAAAGACAGCCAACAGUUUCUCUGCCAACUUUAACGACGAACAAGUGGUCAGUCGCAAAAGCAUUAUAGAUAGUGCUACAUCACCAUUCGAGACGGGCGCUGGUAGCGCCGGGAAUCGAACGAGUAAUAAUAAUAACAGUGGCAUAAGUAUGGCAUAUGAGCGAGAUUUAAGCGAAAGGCGUCAUCUUGAGGAUGUGACAAAUCACACCAACAGUGGAAUGAACAAUAACAGUAUUCAUCACUUCAAUAACAACAGUGAUGGAUACGGAAGCGAGAAUGAGAAUCAACGCAAGGCCAAGCUGGUGAUUGGAUCCGAUCCUAACAAUCUUGAUCCGAGCUCUGUCGACGAGAUGGAACGGCGAAAGGAAAAAAUUAUGCUGCUUUCGCUCCAACGACGGCAACAGGCUGAAGAAGCCAAGGCGCGCAAGGAAAUUGAAGCCAUGCAGCGAAGGGAAAAGGAACGUGAGAAGGAAGAAGAACGCGCACGUAAGAAGGAAGAACAGUUCGCCCGACGGCAAGCUAUCCUGGAGGCACACAAACUGAAGAAAGCCAUCGAAGAAGCAGAGAGAGAAGGCAAGACCAUAGAUCGUGACCUGUUAAUAAAACAUCAACAACAUCAAGCGCUGUUGCAUCAGUCACCAGCUACCCAAAUGCAUCAAACUUCUACUCCAGCAGCCAAAAUGCGUCCACAAAAGCUCAGUCGACCUAGGCCAAAAACGAUACACGUUGAGACGGGCUCGGUUGAUUUAAGCGAAACCUCCAGCCUCAGUAGUCGGGGCAAAAAGGGCUCCAACUCAAAUUUAACCGGAAUUGGCCUGCAAAGCUCAAACUCUAUGCGACGAGACUACUACAGAGGAUCGCAGGAUUCGUUAGCUAUUCGAGAAUCACCGGAUGAAUAUCCUAGUAGCAGCUCAACACCAAUAGGGCGAAGAGGCUCUUAUAAAACUGGAAGAGAACCAGCGACGAUCGAACGAGGUCGUACCUUAUCACGUAUCUCACUAGCGAAAGGUGCCAAUUUCCGGGGACGUAAAUCCAACUCCCUGAUGAAUCUAUGCGAUUCCGACUCCGGUCUGGGACGAGCGACGCCUCCUCGACGCGCCCCGUCACCAGGCAUGGGACCUUCGAGUCGGCACUUACCGUCACCCUCUGGUCCUGGUUCGUUGCCACCUGGAUUGAUAACCAAACGUCGAGGUUUCGACGAUGGGUCUAGUGAUAUUUCUUCCACCGCCAGUUCCAUGAUGGACUAUAACGGCCCGAAGAUUUACAAACAACCGGCCACCAAAUCAAACCGAGGUAUUAUCUUGAAUGCCGUCGAGUACUGUGUCUUCCCAGGAGCAGUGAAUCGUGACGCCAAGCAAAAAGUACUGGAAAAGAUCGCACGAUCUGAGGCGAAACAUUUCCUGGUGCUGUUCCGUGACGCCGGUUGUCAGUUUAGAGCACUCUAUGGUUACUGGCCGGAAAACGAGCAAAUAAUCAAACUUUACGGCACUGGACCGAGUCAGGUGGAUGAUGUCAUGUUCGAUAAGUUUUUCAAAUACAAUUCCGGCGGGAAAUGUUUUGCACAAGUCCACACCAAGCACCUCACCGUGACCAUCGAUGCGUUUACGAUACACAACUCACUGUGGCAAGGUAAAAAGGCAAACCUGCCUAGCAAAAAGGAUAUGGCGCUAGUGAUUUGAGGCGCUCAUCGCCCGUGACGAUAGUCGGUGUUGAAGAUUAUGAUGAUGGGAACAGAUAUAGAAGUACUUGAAACUAACCGCUAACUCAUCUACUCGUCACAUUCUGUGUUUCUGACAAAGUAGGUAGAUUUAGGAAGAUCACCUCGCACACAGAAUAUGGCGAAAUGUUUUGGAUUUUUGUAUACUGUGUUAAAACGUGCAAGUUGCUAACAAUAAAUGGCCGAGGAGAGGACAGCAUAUUCAUAUAGUUUUCUGCCGCGAUUUACUAAAGAACAACUGAAUCGAAUUACAUAGAUUUGACAACUAUAAUCUUGCACACAUACGAGAGCAUCAAGCAAACUAGGAAUCUUUGUUCUAUAAUGCGAUAUGCGAAUUGAUAUUUCCCGUUGUUGAUAACAUGAUUAAAACCGGUUUGAGGUUUUUUAAAUUCAUAGUAAAUGUUCCGUUCUCGAACGCGUACCUUGACGCAUAUUUUCCGAUUCAUUUGAAACAAAUAUGUGAUUCAUUUGUGGAUCGAUAGUGUACUUCGAAUCCCUUCGAAUGUACUACCAAGCCCCAAUCAAUAUUUGCAUGCUUAUUCAGAAAUACAAUACCCAAAUGUAAAUAGUUAUACAUAGAAAUUAGUUAGUUCUUUCUUCCUUUGGUUUAUGCAGUGAAAUCUAGGUCAAGCCAAUUAAAUAAAUUUCUUUCAAAAAUUUAAUAAAAUAUCGAAACAAUUUGAUUGUUAUACGAUGAGAAACGAUCGGAAAAUAUCAUUUCCUGAUCCAAAGCAUUUUUUGAAUUUUAGAAUAAAUAAUGCCUUCAAUUUAUCCCAUUCUGAUUCAUGUUCAGGUUGUUUGUCCUUCACUCCCGAAAGUACUCAAUAAAAGCCAACUAAUGAAUACAUUAACACAGUACUGAAGAAUAAUGAAUAAAACUAACUAGUAAAAUGAAAUAGUGAUAGCAUUAAGAUUUAAUUUAUUUAACCCCUAUGUACCGAAUAAUGUUUAUUUUAUUACAGCUGAUACGUUCGCUCAUGUUAUUACAUUAUUUGUGGUUCGAGUCUAGCUCUCCAUACCAUCGGCAUGAUUACAGUGUAACUAACUAAUUUAUUAACUGAGCCGAUUGCACGUCUGACUAAAGGCGUGCAUAAUUUUUUAAUAAAUUCAGAACAGUAGAAUAUGAUGAAGUUGUUCAGUAGCUUAUUAGUUAUCUAGAAUCAUGUGUAAAAACUCCACCACCAUCGGAGUGAAGACUACAAUCUAAUGGUACUUGCGCCUCCGCAUCCCACAUUAAAGAAAUUUUAAAAAAAUGUUUAAACUCUCACUGACCUUCUUUCCAGUUUCAAAUGUUUGCAUACAACUAGAAUUCAAACAUAUUCUCUAAACACUGGUUUUAAUUACAUGCGUUCAAUUUCGGUAGUUACGUUGUUUUGUAUUUUAAAAAUUACGCGAUUCGAGAAACAGUUAUUAUCAAUAAUGUAAACAGUGAAGCUGUUGAGUAAAUCUCUGCGGUCGUAUGCCGAACAUAAACACCGAAUAUUUUAAAAUUUGAAAAAGAUGAGACUUCUAACGGUUUAUAUUAUUAACGAUUUAUUGCUGAAUUACUCUUAAUUUACUAGGCAUGAUUCAAAUCAAUUAUUUUGUACAUCCUUGCCAAGGAAGCAUUAAAAAAACAAGUUAAUGAACGAAAUCAACUUUAUUUAAGAAUAUAAAAUUAUAACCGUUUUUAUUAACAAAA